AUGUGUUGUCAGACAGCAAAAUGGAAGCUGGAAAGAGACCGAGAACAAGUUCAAGAUCACAAGUUUGAGUUUGUCGACGUAAACGAAUUUAAACAAAGGAAUUGUUUACGAAAAUUAAAGUAUUCGUUUGUCUUCGGGGUGGUGUUGAAAUCGGUACUGGUGUAUAUUGCCGACCUGUGGACAGCCGGUAUCUUGCUUAUUUUCAACGAGUGGAACUCGGCAGUGAAACCGAAAAUUCCGUUCGAUGUCUCGAAAUGGAUUUUCUUGGGAUGUAUUUUUAUGUCGUUUAUUUUACUGGCAUGGGAUAUGAAGAAAGCCAAAGCUAUUGUUGAAUCGGAUGAUAUUUCUUAUGCGUUCACUAGUAUUAUCGCCUAUCGAUAUUAUACAUUACGGAGUUAUGCGCAUUACUGCUUUUUCUCGCAGAUUAACAAUUCAAGAAAGCGAUGGGAUCGUAUUGCGUUUUUUGUGUUUUUCACCUUCAAAGGCUGGAAACGUUUGGUGUUUGCUGAAGCUCCACGUCAAGCAAUAAAUGCAAUUACACUUUAUUCUAUUUUGCAAACACAACAUUUCUCUUUAAAAUAUGAAAGAAUCGGUAGGCUUUUAGUAAAGAAAUCAAGGAAACGUGUUUUAAAACAAGUCGCAGCCGCUAAGGCACAAGCAUUGGGUGAUUACAGUAAUCUAAAAAAUAAAAAAAGAGAAGUACCACCUCAACUUCGUGAGCCCACUCUUCCAACAAUGGCAUUCUUCGACGAUAGUAAAUCAUCCCCUGCAGCAACACCUACACUCCCAACACUUCCAACACUUCCACCUUAUCAACAGCAUAGUCAACCCCCGAUGAUGUACAAUGAUCGAGUCAUGUCGCCAGAUCCCAUGUAUGGAGCGAGAGGAGAUGGCGGUCCACCUGGUUAUUUACCACAGAAUGGAGGAUAUGAUAAUAAUGUUGCUGGUCAACAUAAUCCAUAUCCACAACCUAAUCCAUACCAACAACCACCACCGUCACAAUUUACGAGGCGUCGUGAUAGAUACAAUACUGAAUAUUCAGAGUAUGGAGCUGAUUCAACGACUUCAACGACAACAGUUCCCUCAAGGUAUCCGCCACAAGAACAUUCACAGAUCCCAUCAAGAUAUCAACAAGAACUUCUAUAUUCUUUUCGAUAUUCAUUCCCCUUGUAUUAUUAA